CUACAGUGCUUUGAACAACAUGAAAGAAAUCACAAUGGAGAGAAAACCUAUAAAUGUAAGGAAUGUGGGAAAGUCUUCAUGUGCCUCAAAACCCUUAAAAAACACAUGAUAACACACACUACAGAUUCUCCUUAUAAAUGUAAGGAAUGUGGAAAAGUCUUCAAUUGUUCAAGUUCACUUCUAUUACAUGAAAGAAUGCACACUAGAGAGAAACACUAUGAGUGUAAACAAUGUGGGAAAGCCUUCAGUAUUUCCAGUUCUCUUCAAAUGCAUGAAAUAACUCACAGUGGACAGAAACCCUAUGAAUGUAAGGAAUGUAGAAAAGCCUUCAGAUAUUAUCAAAGUUUUCAAACACAUGAAAGAAAUCACACUGGAGAGAAACCCUAUGGAUGUAAAAACUGUAGUAAAGCAUUCAGUUGUCUCAGUUAUCUUCGAAAGCAUGAAAGAACUCACACUGUAGAAAAACCCUAUGAAUGUAAUAUAUGUAACAAAGCAUUCAAAUGUUAUCAAAGUCUUCAAACACAUGAAAGAAGUCACACUGGAGAGAAACCCUAUAAAUGUAAAAUAUGUUGUAAAGCAUUCAGGUGUCUCAGUGAUCUUCGAAGACAUGAAAGAACUCAUACUGCAGAGAAACCCUAUGAAUGUAAAAUAUGUAGUAAGGCAUUUAGAUGUCCCAGUUAUCUUCAGAUCCAUGAAAGAAAUCACACAGGAGAGAAACCCUAUGAAUGUAAAAUAUGUAGUAAAGCAUUCAGGUAUCCCAGUUAUCUUCAAAUACAUGAAAGGACUCACACUACAGAGAAACCCUAUGAAUGUAAAAUAUGUAGUAAAACAUUUAGAUGUCCUAGUUAUCUUCGAACACAUGAAAGAACUCACACUGGAGAGAAACCCUAUGUGUGUAAAAUAUGUAGUAAAGCAUUUAGGUAUCUCAGUUAUCUUCAAUUACAUGAAAGAACUCAUACUGGAGAGAAACCGUAUGAAUGUAAGGAAUGUGGAAAAGCCUUCAGUUAUCACACAAACUUUCGAAGACACCUGACAAUGCACACUGGAGAGAAACCAUAUAAAAGUGUACAAUGUGGGAAAGGCUUUAGUUAUCCCAGUUCCUUUGAAACACAUGGAAGAACUCACUGGAUAAAACCUCUUGAAUGUAAACAGCAUGAAAAAGACUUGAACUGGCCUUCAUUCUUACAUGAAAAUUCCAAUGGAAGAGAAAUAAACAUGUAA